GCAUUGCCAGCACUAAGCGUCACCGAUCUGUGACAGCAAUCACCGGAAAGGAUAUCGAGAACGUCCAAACAGGACUUGAACAAUUGCUUCAUCGAAUCGAGAUAUAAGCAACUCAUUCCCACUAUCUGAAUCCGAAAAGCUUCGUUGUCAAGCGUUGCCGCACAGUCCAGCUUCACGUCUCAUUGACAUCGACCCACCCCGAACGGAUCCUCUGCUCCACGAGAGAAACCCGUCAUUCCACUCGGCGGACCGCCAACCCACGACUCUAGCCCCAAAACAACAACCUUGAUGGCAUAGACUCAUCAUAUACUACCUCUACAACACACCGACGACCAAACACUAUUAUUAUAUACACACAACACAACAACACAAAGAAGAACUUUCCACCAGCAGACGCAAUGAACCAACAGAUACCUCUCAACUACGAGGCCUCAGCCGGCAACACCCACAUGCGCAUCACCAGCGAGCUCCCGCCCGAAGUCGUCCAAUGUCUCGAGAACGCGCGCUUCCUGCAUCUAGCCACCUGCGUCGACAACAUGCCUCACGUCUCGCUCAUGAACUACACCUACCUUCCUUCGUCUCCCUAUUCCGACUCCCCCGUCAUCGUCAUGACCACCAACCCCGCCAGCAAGAAGAUGAACAACCUGGUCGCGAACCCGAACGUUUCCCUGCUAGUUCACGAUUGGGUCUCCCACCGCCCCUCCACCUCCUCCCAGCGUCGUCCCUCCGGCGGCUCUCCCGGUCCCGAACACCGCUCCUCUUCCCUCGCGGCCCUUCUCUUCAACCUCAACACCAGCGCCGUCUCCUCCAUCAGCGCGACCAUCAACGGUUCCGCCCGGCUCGUCGACCGCGACUCCGAAGAGGAGCGCUUCUACCGGGAAACGCACCUGGAGAACAACACGUUUGACAGCGAGCAGCCGUCGUCGAUUUUGAACAACAUUCGGAGGGGUAGCACUUCUGGUCAGCAAGUAUCGUCACUAUCACCGGACGGGGAAGAGGGGGAUUAUGGUAGGGAGAGGUACGUGGCGGAUGAGGAUGUCAGAGUGGUGGUGGUGGGGAUCCGGGAUGUCCGGAUUGCGGAUUGGAAGGGGACGGUGCAGGAUUGGGUUAUUGCGCCGCCGGAGGGGAGGAGCGCGGGGACGAAUGAGGCUUUGGUUAAUGGUAUCCGGUAGAUUGGAGGAUGAAAGCUCAUUUUGCUGGCUUGAAGGACGUGUUGACUGGAAUGGAAGGCUAGAUGAUCUGGACUGGAGUUGAGGGAACUAUUUUUGAGUAUAUUUGCUAUAUAAACACAUAUCGCUAAUAUCGGAGGUCACGUUCUACAAUCAGUUCAUGAUCUUCACACACUUCUCCGAGAAACCUAUGUCAACAUUCAAAGGUUGAAAAUGUAUGACCAAAUA